AUGCAGCAGGCGGGGGCGGGGCAGGCCGACGAGGACGAGGACGAGGAGAUGGGGGUCAAGGAGGAGGAGGAGGAGGACGGCGACGAGGAGGAGGACGACGGCUACUACAUGGACCCCCGGAGCCCGGCCGCAGCCGCCGUCGUGUCGACGCCCGGCGGCGGCAGGGCCGGAGGGAUCCCGAACCGGCGGCGCGCGCGCGAGGAGAAGGAGCGGACCAAGAUGCGGGAGCGGCAGCGGCGCGCGAUCACGGGGCGGAUCCUGGCGGGCCUGCGCCAGCACGGCAACUACAGCCUGCGGGCGCGAGCCGACAUCAACGAGGUGAUCGCCGCGCUCGCCAGGGAGGCCGGAUGGGUCGUCCUCCCCGACGGCACCACCUUCCCCUCUUCGUCCUCCUCCGCCGCCGUGGCUGCACAGUCGGUCCGCCCCGUGAUGGUCGCCGCCGCGCCGCCCUCCGCCAACCCGCUCGCACUCCCGGCCUCCGCGGCGCUUCCCCUCCGCGGCAUCGCGCCCGUCGCCGCGCGCCCCAUCUCCCACCGCGCAGCGCCCGCGCCCGUGUCCGGCCUCCUCGUCUCGCCCCCGCGCGCCACCGCGGCCUCGCGACCCCCGGCUGACGACGUCCCCGACGGGAACUCCUCGCACCUCCUCGCCGUCCCCGUCCCCAUGGACCCCGCCGCCGCCGCCGCCGAAGACGCCCCCGUCGCCAAGCAGGUGCCCGAUGUGGCGCCGCGCCCGCCGGAGCGGGACUUCGCUGGCACGCCUUACGUGCCGGUCUACAUCAUGCUCCCUCUUGGGGUGGUGAAUGGCAACGGCGAGGUGGUGGACGCGGACGAGUUGGUGGGUCAGCUGCGGGUGUUCAAGGCAGCUGGAGUGGAUGGGGUCAUGGUCGACUGCUGGUGGGGGAACGUCGAGGCGCACAGGCCGCAGGAGUACAACUGGACUGGCUACAGGCGCCUCUUCCAGAUGAUCAGGGAGCUCAAGCUCAAGUUGCAGGUCGUCAUGUCAUUUCAUGAAUGCGGUGGCAAUGUUGGAGAUGAUAUAUCCAUUCCCCUCCCACAUUGGGUAAUAGAAAUUGGAAGGAGCAAUCCGGAUAUCUACUUUACUGACAGGGCAGGAAGACGUAAUACAGAGUGCUUAUCAUGGGGAAUUGAUAAAGAAAGGGUUCUGCAAGGCAGAACAGCAGUGGAGGUAUAUUUUGAUUUCAUGAGAAGCUUCCGAGUAGAAUUUGAUGAGUAUUUUGAGGAUGGGAUCAUCUCAGAAAUUGAGAUUGGACUAGGGGCUUGUGGAGAGCUGCGAUAUCCAUCUUAUCCAGCAAAACAUGGCUGGAAAUACCCUGGCAUUGGAGAAUUUCAGUGCUAUGACAGGUACUUACAGAAAAGUUUGAGAAAGGCUGCAGAAGCACGGGGGCAUACCAUAUGGGCAAGAGGGCCUGACAAUGCUGGCCAUUAUAAUUCUGAACCAAAUCUCACUGGAUUUUUUUGUGAUGGAGGAGAUUAUGAUAGCUACUAUGGUCGGUUUUUCCUCAGCUGGUACUCCCAGACGUUGGUGGAUCACGCGGACCGUGUACUGAUGUUAGCAAGGUUGGCUUUUGAGGAUUCAAACAUUGCUGUUAAGGUCUCUGGGGUGCACUGGUGGUACAAAACUGCCAGUCAUGCUGCUGAAUUGACCGCCGGAUUUUACAACCCAUGUAACCGUGAUGGCUAUGCUCCAAUUGCUGCAGUAUUGAAGAAAUAUGAUGCUGCUUUGAACUUUACAUGUGUUGAAUUGCGCACUAUGGACCAGCAUGAGGUAUACCCUGAGGCAUUUGCAGAUCCAGAGGGCCUAGUAUGGCAGGUGCUAAAUGCUGCUUGGGAUGCUGGUAUACAAGUGGCUAGUGAGAACGCUCUACCUUGCUAUGAUAGGGAUGGAUUCAACAAGAUUUUGGAGAAUGCCAAACCACUGAAUGACCCAGAUGGACGACAUCUGUUUGGUUUCACCUACCUAAGGCUUAGCAAAGUUCUGUUUGAAAGACCCAACUUUUUUGAAUUUGAGCGCUUCGUCAAGAGAAUGCAUGGUGAGGCGGUUCUUGAUCUGCAAGUAUAG